UUUAGUUAACAUAACAGCUCUAGCUCAGCUUUGCAAGGUUCCCUGAUCUAGAAAUUGCUCCACCCUGUAUAAUUAUAGCUACUGCACUACUGCACUCUAUAUACUUGUCAGUGUUUAAUAGCUCUAUAAAUUACAGCUGUGUAGAUCUAGUUUGGCAACAACAGGAAGUUUCAACUAGACUAACUCUAGAUCUAUGAGUAAUCACUGUUCGGACUGGUCAAAGUUUUGCUGUUAGUGUUGUGUGCAACCAACUGUCUUCCACAUGGACACAAGUCACACGACACAAGAUGCUCAAAUUAAGCUAGCCAAGGAUUUAUGGGAGGCUGUACACCAUCGUGAUGUCAUAAAAGUGAGGUCUCUGUUGGUACAGGGGGCGGACCCCAACCACCAGUUCUACUGGAGUGAGGAGUGGAGAUUAAGGGAUCCCCUAUUACACAAUGCUUGUUAUCUGGGCUACCUUGAGAUUGUGAAGACACUUGUUACCCAUGGAGCUCGUACUGAUAAAGGUAGUGGUCGGCGUAAAAGAGUUCCAAUUCAUUGUGCCUGUGAGGGAGGCCAUAAAGAUGUGGUGGAGUACUUCAUUCAGGAGGUCGGAUGUAGUACUGAUGUAAAGGACGAUCAUGGACAAUCACCACUUGACCUAGCUCUGGAUCAGGCUGAGCAUCUGUAUGCAGUUGAUGGCUGUGUGGAUGUUGCCCUCUACCUGAUGAGCCGUGGCUGUGGUAGUGAUGAAGACAAAGCUAAGUUACUGUGUGGAGCAUGUCAGUGGGGAAAGCUGGGUGUGGUGAAGGAACUGGUUGAAGAACACCAAGUUGACCCCACGAAUGUGAGGGACGAUGGCAAUCGGACCCCUCUCCAUAUUGCAUGCUCUGGGGGACACAGAGAUGUGGUGCAGUACUUGGUGGUGAAGGCCAACUGUGAUAUCAAUGUGAGGGAUGAUAAGGGACAGUCACUACUGGACAUAGCUCUAGAACGUAUGUAUAUUAUUGGGUGUGUGGAUGUUGCCCUCUACCUGAUGAGCCGUGGCUGUGGUGGUAGCGAGGAAAAAGUCAAGUUACUGUGUGAAGCAUGUCAGUGGGGCAAGCUGGGUGUGGUGAAGGAACUGGUUGAAGAACACCAAGUUGACCCCACGAGUGCAACUGAUGAAGAUGGUGUGACUCUUCUUGACAUCGCUACACAGAAGAAUAUCACUAAAAUUGCUGACUACCUCAAGUCUCUGCCACAACAAUCUGCUGUGACUGGAGAGAAUGACUCUAGGAUUGAGGAUAAUAUACCACCACCAACAAUGAAACAAAAAGUGACCUCUGACUCUCUCUCUGGUAAACAGACACCCAGUGCUGGCAAGGAACGACCAGAAACAACUGAUACUCCAAACUGUUUCAAGCAACUCUUUUCUUCAAAAUAUGACGAAACCUCAUCAAUGUUUGCUGGCACUCCAUUGACUGAGGAAGACUCUGAUGCUCUACAACAACUGCUCCUAGACAACAAAAUUGAAGGAUUUGCUUUGACUGGUGAAAGGACAUACGAAAAAGUUGUACACCAUCUUUGUGAGCAAAGACAAGAGGAACUAGCUACAAACCUCAGACGAAACCUCGACAAAGUGCUUGGAGAGCAGAAGCAUUAUUUGAAAAAAUUGGACGAUCUGAUGACUGACAAAGAAACUAUCUAUAUACAAUAUCUCCGACUCCUUCUUGUCGGGCCACCAUUUGUGGGGAAAACAACAACCCUUAGUCGUCUGCUGAAAAAUAUCGAAAACAUCAGUUCUGCUGGAGACAAGACAAAGCUAUGCAGUACGCUACUCACCAAUUGCGAUCAAGCGGUCGUCUACAUUAACAAAGAUGCCACAGAAUGGGUUUGUUCCAAAGACGCGGACGAGGAAGCAAAGAUCCUCUUCGGCUACAUGUAUAGUAAUAAAAUCGAUGACGCCCCAAGUGAGGAAAAGAGGACAAAAACUGGCUUUUUGAGCGAAAAUCACACCAAACCUUCUCCUGAAAAGCCUCAACCAACGCCUCAAGAAGAAACCCACACUGAAAGACGAGAAAAAGCUUACCAACAGAACAGGUUCCUACACAUCAAGACACGGCUUCAAAAGCUGAUAAAGAGUGGAAACUACUCCCAAAUGGCCAAAUGUCUUGGCAACACCUUGCUAAACAUCAACGAUGUCGGAGGUCAACCAGGCUUCCUGAAAAUGCUACCAGCCCUAUGCAACGGUCCAGCCAUGUAUCUAGUGUUCUUGGAUCUGAGCAAGGAACUUGACAAGCCCUACGAAAUUCCCUUCAGUCGUGACGCCACAGUUAACACUCCUUUCAAAGCGAUUCACACAGUGGAAGCUACUGUCUCUCAAAUUCUCUCAGCAGUUGCCAGUGUCCAUCAUGUCUCAAGACCCUUGUGCAAAACCUUCAAAUUAAGUAAGAAGUUUGAAACCUUCCAGCAAGUUUGCCCAGUAGCAGCUUUGAUUGGUACUCACAUGGACCAGUUGAAAAAUCCGAAAGAGAAAAUCAAGCAGGUCAACGAUGCUCUGAAAGUGACCACUGAAAAGUUUGCCGAGAUCCUGGUAUCACCUCCGUCAGAUUCUGAAUGUUCGUUUUUUGCCGUGGACAACUUUGCUGGAACCGAACAGUCUGACAUUGCUCCGAUUCGUGAUUUCAUGAGCAAGGUUUGUGCCUCUCACUUCAACAAUGCAUCUCUGCCCAUCAAACCGAAGUGGCUCCUACUGGGUACACUACUGCGGAUGGAGUACUCAGUCUCAAUCGUAUCCGUGAAAGACUGCCUGGAAAUUGGGAAAUUGUUGGAGAUGGAUAAAGAAGAUACAAAAUUCUGUCUUUGGUAUCUUCACCAGAUAGGAUCUAUCUUACACUACAGGAAUGUUCCUAAUGAUGUCGAUGGCUGGCUAAAGAACCACAUGUUUUGCACCCCUGAAGUGAUCUUCACUAGCAUCAGACAACUGGUGCUUCCCGCUUUACGCCUCCUCCAUUCUGAAGGCCACGUCACUGAGUUUGAGCGAGCAGAGUUCAUCAAGAUGGGGCAAUUUUCAUUGAAAGCCAUGAUCAAGUACUGUACUGGCUCUGAAGUUACAAAGAUGCUCAAAGAAGGCAAGAUUAUCCCAGCCAAGCAGCUCAUUAUACUGCUUCAGCAUCUCAACCUUCUCUCUGAAAUUGUCCACAAAGAUGCCAAUGAUCCAAACGUUACUCGAGUCACCUACCUGAUGCCAGCUAUUCUGGACUGUGCUUCACAAGAUGAGUUUACCAACCCACCUCAAGCAGACACCAACAACCCAGAACCACUCUACAUCACAUUCAGCUUUGGUUACGUACCAACUGGAGUCUUCUGUGGGAUGAUCGCUCGACUAGUUUCCCAAGGCCCCCAUGGAAUUCUCGGAUUGAUGUGGGAAUUAAUGGAAGAUGCCGUCAAACAAAACUACGUCUCCUUUUAUGUUGACUAUGUACACAAAGUGACACUGCUCUCUCACGACAGAAGCUACGAGAUACGAGUUGAACGCAAUGCAGAACAGAUCGAUUUCUCCCUUCACGAUCUUUGCUCCCACAUUUUGUCAGCAAUCCUGUAUUUGCUCAAGAACCUAUUCCCAAAGUUGAACUUCAGUGUUGCAUUCCAAUGUUAUUGUUCCCGGCAUGCAGCAGGCAAGACUCUCAACAACCUUUGCACCCUCGUUCAAGGCAGAAAGAUUCACUUUCUGUGUGGUAGAAAUCCUGUCACCCUCCGUGAAAGACAACAAGUGUGGUUGGGAAAGCACGUAUCUCUAGGAAGCAGUACGAAACUAGAGGUACUAAAGUUUGCUGAGGGUGGUUUCUCCUUUCACUGGACCAAAGAAGGCUCCAGGCGUCAUAUCAAGACAACUGAUGAUCGGCCCAACACUCUCAGCUUUCAGAGUGUGAGUGAAGAGGACUUUGGUCAUUACCAGUGUGAGGUGAAGGAUCAAGCUGCUGGGAAAGUGGUCCUCAAUCUCUACAUAGCUCUCUACAAAGAGAAGACAAGAUCAUCAUCAGUGAAGGAUACAAACAAAGAAAAAAGUGCAAACCAGCCAAUUGUUCUGACUGGAGCGGAUAUUCAAACAAUUUGCGAGGGUCUCAAAACUGCAAGCAAUAAUUGGUUUAAAUUAGGAUUGGCUCUCGGACUGAACUUUUACGAGUUGAAAAACAUAGAAAGCCGCUACCAAGAUAACGGUCGCCGCCUAAUGGAGAUGAUCGGCAAGCGUCUUGAAGUCACUGAUCCAAAACAUCCAAUUACAUGGCCUUACAUAUGUCAAUGUCUAAGGAGUCCUACUGUUGAGCGUAACGAUGUAGCUGAUAAAAUCAAAGACAGCUAUAUAUUAUGUGUGGACAGCAACUGCAGUUCCUUAUAGUCAUAUUGCAAUUCUAUUUUAUCGUGGAAUCUGACAAUUAAUUAAGUAUGUUUGUGCCAUUAAAUUUCACUACCCUUUAUAUAAUAAAUUAUUAUGUAUACAG